CUUGGGUUUGGUUUUCCCGGCCGAUAAUAAUGACGACAUGUAAUUUAUUGCGACGAUUAUCUCUCGUUUGAGCACUCGUAGAAGCAUCAAAAUUGUUCGUGUUGUUGCGAAAAAAUAACUCAAGGGAUGUUCGGUGUGGUCAGAUGGCUUCAGUUAGCAUCCAAAGCACCAGCAAUGUCUUUAAGCUUGCAUCUGAAUUCCAGAAGAGAAUCGGCACCACAGAUCGAGGAAAGGACUACGAACACACCUACAUAGCAAUUUUGAUCUUGAAACUUCUAAACGACGACAAAGUCGAAAACUUCCUAUUGUCAUCAAACGACUCGAGAUUCGGUGCCUUCGACGACGUCGUCGUCGAGAUCAAACUUCAACACGAAACCCAAACCCAACUUUACGCCGUCCAGCUGAAACACAGCGAAAACCAAAUUGUCAAAAGCAGAGAUUUGGUUUCACCGAAAGGAAAUUUCAGCAUUCCGAAGUACCACGACGAUUUCCACGACAACAAGAAGUGUCUAAGUUCGUGUGAUAAACUGAUUUUGUUCACGAAUUGUAAAACGUUUUUGGAUGACAAGAUCCAGUUGACCACCAAGGGGAAAACUUCAGAGGUUGUUGUUUCGUCUACGACGCAAAAUGAUUUAUUGGGGACUUCACCCAAUGGUGUUUGUCAUGAGUUUGUUUCUUGUGAUCAAGACGAAUUUCUUGGAAGUUUUGUUGUGUAUUCGAACCAAGCAAACGUUCAUAAACUUAAUUUGGAUGCGACUUUAUUGUUUCGAACUUUGUUUGGUACAGAAGAAGCGUCGUUUAAUCAAUACAUGAAUUUUAUAGUUGAGUGGAGCUACAAGAAGGGGAAAAAAUACACACUAGAUAAGGAUUGGAUGCAGAGGGUUAUUUUUUUACAAGUGGUGUCUCCAUUCAUAAGACCUCUAUCGUUUUCGUCACAGUCGCAGUCGUCUACAAAUUCCACUAUAGUUUUUCGAAAUAUAGUUUCAGAAUUUCAAUCAACUAUUGUCAGUAAAAACAGCUACAAAAAUAUCAAGGACUUGUGGUCAAACGUUGCCGAAAAUUUUAACCAAAGUGACUUUCAGGAAAUCAGUGAUGUCAAAAAGAAGUACCAGUUGAGGUUAAAGUGGAUCGGUGCCAAAAACGACUUCUAUGGUGAAGAUAAAGAAGUGAGUAAGCUCGUUUGGUUACUAGGGAAGUGUCCACUGGUGGUAGACGGAUCUCCAGAAAUCUACAAAGCAAAGAAAAUUUGCAACGGAGAAAAUUUAGUGAUUCUAGACGACAUUGUCGACAAUAGUGACGUCCAGUUUCAGAAUUUGUCUGAUUUGAAACGUCACACCCAACUUUUUGAGGACGUCUUGAACUCUUGUACGUAUUCACUGGAAGGCCAGAAGGAAACUCCGUUAAAAAGUUUGAUAGAGAUGUGUGACGACACAAUCGACAAGUUGAUUACUGCUGACAAAAUUCUGCAAAUGUUAAAUGGUCCUCUAGUCAUCGGAAAAAAGAAAGAAACUUUGCCACCUAGUCACAUACAAAGACGGCUAACCAAAGUUUUAAUCGAAUUUGGGUUCCUGGAGACGAUAGAUGACGAUAGCGUCGCUGUAGUGGGUGGCGUUCCAAACAUUUCCAAGUUCAAACAACGUCUACAUAACAUAGAAGUUAUUGACAUUAACAUUGUCCACGAGGACCCGCUCGACAAAAAAUUCAUCUACGUCAGUACGACUGACAUAUCGCAAGAACAAUUCGAUAACUUGUGUCAAAAAAAGUCAACAGUGGCGUUCCACCUUUUGAGAUUUCUUGACAAUAACUGUCUCGAGUGGAAAAAAAGUGCCAACUGUGGUGAAAAUCACCAACUUGACGAUUUUGUUUUCAAGAACGAAAACAGUGACUAUAAUAUCCACGAGUCUGAGUUGGGUGCAGACGAAGACGACAUCACUCUGAUUUGUGCUAACCCAGGUAUGGGCAAAAGUACUCUGAUGAAAAGUCUGAAAAUUGGUACCUCGUCGACGUCUUGGGUUAUUCUGAUGCAUGCCAGGAACACCGCUUUGAAAUUUCGGAAAAAUCAAACACAAUUUGAACAGUUCAAAGAACACAUUUUACUCGAGAGUGACAAUGACGAUGUUUGGUAUAGUGAAGUCGUGAAGACAAUGAUCAAUUGUCAUAAGUUUCAGUUGGUGUGGGAUGGACUGGAUGAAGUUUCUGAUCAGUCCUUGGACGCUAUUUUACGAUUAGUGGAGACGGUUAGGAAAAACGGGAUCAAACAAUUCUUGACAUCUCGUACCAACCUGAAGCAACGACUUGAACGAAAAUUCAGUUGUUUUGCUAGAGACAUAAAGGAGUUCAACGAUCAAGAACAGAAAAAUUAUAUAAGAGAACGUCUUCAGAUUCCUUCGGAACAGAUGACUGAGACGUUUGGCAAAAUCAAAGACAAUAUUACCACCUUUUCGAACAAUGAUAUUUUGGGGAUUCCUCUGCAGAUCUACAUGUUGACGGAGUUACUUUCCAGAAAUGAGCAAAAGUACCUGGGCUUGAUAGACGGCGUUUUCACAAUUUUGGAUCUAUACGAACAUUUCGUCGAAGAGAAGUUUCUUAUAUUUUACCAAGACAAAAAUAAGCAAGACUUGACGAUCGACCACAACUAUCAAAAGUACCUAAACAAGAAAAUUAAAACUGUCAAUAAUUACGUAAAUGUAGCUUUUCAUUUAUAUUUGGCAGACGUGUUUACCAAAAUAGUGACUAGGUUUUUCGGCUACAGCAACGAAGUGAGUAACGUUUUGAAAAAGAUUGGAACCAAAGGGGACUCUGUGGGGUUCUUACAAGCCAAUAGUCGAAACGAUUUCGAGUUCACCCAUAACUCCUACGGUGAAUAUUUUGCCGCUUUGCAUCUCUUCAAAAACCAAUCUCGUAAAGCCAAAGACAAAACUUUCAUUUCUGACGGUCGUUUCAGCAAUAUCCGAUUUUUCUUAGACUUGAUGUUGACCAAAAAGAGUAGAGGAUUUGUGGCGGUUUUGUACAAAAAUCCAAAACUUCUGGCACAGUGUACUCAAGACGACUUAAAUCACAAAGACGUCAUUGGUCGUGAUAUUUUGGAAGUAUCUUGUUCGUGGAGUAGGACUUAUCCACUUGUCAAGAUAGACGACUUAAUGAUUGACGAUUGUUUCAAAGACGAGUGGAUAUCAGGUAGCAACAUUCGUACCAAGAGUUUAGAUCAUCGUUCCAUAUCCAAGUUGUUCCUCCAAGUUCAAAACACUCUAGCCCUAUCUACGAAAUUUUUGCUAAUUUUCCUACCAUUUCUGAUACCUGUUUUUGACAAAGACGACUUCCAGCAUGACUAUUUACAUUCGGUUUUGUACUACGCGGUUAGGUUUGAUGUUUCCGCGGUUCUAAAAAGUGACGACGAUUCGUCUUUGGUCAAUGCUUUCCACAAGGUUAAUCCACAAAGCGUUCUAACUUUAGCCCUCCGUUACCGAUCCCUGAAUGUUGUAAAAGACAUGUUGGAAACUAAGUGCAGUUUUGACGAUUUGAUAACCAGUAUUGACUUCGUCUUUGCUAAUUUUAGAACCGAAUUUAAUAUAAUUGUGGUUUUUUUGAAGCGACUUCCAAAUUUCGGGGUGCAGCUGAUGAAAUAUCUGCGGAACAAACCCUUGAGUGGUUUCUUGGAGCUACUGUUGGUGAUUAGUGCCGAAGUGAAGGAACUCGAUUCGGAUGGUCGGUUACCUAUACAUUACGCUUGUGAGGAAGAAAGGGUGGAUCUAUUGAAACUAUUGGUUGAAAAUGGUGCAGAUGUGGGUGUUUUUGACGGACAUGGGAGUUUGCCCAUACACCUGGCGUGUCAACGGAAGUGUAGAGAAAUCGUGGAGCUCUUGGUGGGUCAUGGUGCACACUUGAACAUUCGUGAUGUGAAUAACCAGCUACCACUACACUACGCGUGUGAGUCUAAAAGGGUAGAUUUUGUGCAAAUAUUGGUUGAAAAUGGUGCGGAUGUUGACGCUCCGGACUCAACUGGUUGCCUACCUAUACAUUUUGCGUGUCAACACGACUAUAAAGAAAUAUUGAAGCUCUUGGCGAAACACGGCGCAAAUUCGAACACCCGGGACACCAACAAUAGAUUACCAAUACACUACGUGUGUCAGAAUAGAUGGACAGACAUAUUACCAUUCGUGGUAACAAAUGGCAAUGUUAAUGAAAGAGACACCAACAACCUUCUACCUAUCCACUACGCAUACACAGGUUGGACUUCCGAUAUGUUAACAAUUCUGGUGACCAGUGGUUCCGCAGUGGACAUUCCAGAUGUCAAUGGUCGACUCCCAAUUCACCAAGCUUGUGAUUCUUCUUACAAAGGAGAAGAAGUUGUAGCACUUCUGAUCAAAAACGGUUCAAAAAUUAACACCCCUGACGCAAAAGGUAACCUUCCGAUACACCUAGCGUGCGAAAAUGCCAACCCAGAGAUCGUCAAAGUCCUAUUAGCAAAUGGUGCCAAAGUCAACCGUCUCAACGCAAACGGCGACUUGCCAAUUCACCACAUUUUCGCCAAGACAAGUUUCAUUGUCAAUCUAGAACCAAUGAUAAAACUCCUAGUGGAAGCUGGUUCCAGUGUUAACGCACCGAAUGGAAUUGGUCGUCUACUAAUCCACGACGCUUGCCACAGAGGAAAUCCGGACACAAUCAAGCUACUUGUAGCCAAUGGGGCGAAAGUCGAUGUUCCAGACGCCAACGGUUUGCUCCCCAUUCACAAUUGUUGCGACAUGUCCCUUGGUAACGACGUUCCGCGGAACCAAGUCGAAAUGGUAAAGUUGCUCGUGGACGAAGGUAUCGACGUGAACGUUCCAGACUUGGACGGUUCACGACCCAUACACUACGCUUGUAUCUUCUAUCGUACUAACAAAAUGUUGUUCCAUUUUCUUUUGGACAAGGGAGCUGAUGUGAACCUUCCAGACAUCAAUGGGCGGUUGCCCAUGUACUACGCGAUUCGAGCAAAAGACGUCAUUUUGGUUGAAAUGUUCGUGGAAAACGGUGCUAAAGUGAAUCUUCCUGUUUGUGAAGGUCGACUGCCUUUGCACUAUGCGUGUGAAGAAGCUUCCUGGAAAAUAGUAGAUCUUUUGAUGAAGAAUGGGGCAAAGGUGGAUGCUCCUGAUGUCAACGGGAAACUACCAAUUCAUGACGCUUGUUGCAAAACAGAGUUAAAAGUACCACAAUUGCUACUAAAGUAUGGUGCCAAAGUCAACGUACGGGAUUUUCAAGGGCGACAACCCUUGCACUACGCUUGUGAAACCUCGGACUCAAACAUGGUGAGUUUUUUGGUACAAAACGGGGCAAGGGUUGAUGUUUUUGACGCUCAAGGGUGGCUUCCGAUGCAUUUCGCUCUCAAAAAUCUGUCAUUUUGUGAAGAAGUUGUUUCGUUUUUGACUGACAAAGGGCAAAGUGUUGAUGUUUCGGGUGAAAUCGGGCGGCAACUAUUGAACCACGUUGUGACUAAUGGGCAGGUACAAACAGUACGGUGGCUUUUAGAAAAUGGUGCCUUAGAUGGAGAUGGUGAGCACAUUUUACACUACGCUUGUAAACACCAAAACCUAGACGUGGUCAAACUAUUGCUGGCAAAAGGAGCUAAAUUGAACCUUCCAGACGCAAAAGGUAAACUGCCAAUUCAUUACGCUUGUAAGAACCUGGAAGCAGAAAUCGUACAGAUGUUGUUAUCAAGUGGUUCCGAAGUAGACGUUCCAGACGCUAAAGGUAGAUUUCCAAUUCACAUUGCGUGUAAGAACAAGCGGGUUAAUAUAGUUGGAAUACUGUUAGCAAAAGACGCAAAAGUCAAUAUUCCAGACGCUAAAGGUAAACUUCCAAUUCACUACGCUUGUAAAAGCUGGGACCAUAACCUGGUGCGCUUGCUCUUGGAGAACGAUGCCAAAAUCAAUGUUCAAAGCGCAAAGGGUAAGCUCCCAAUUCUUAAGGCGUGUGAAUAUUGUCACCCUCCUACUAUCAAACUCUUACUAGAAAAGGGUUCAGAAGUCAACACUCAGGACUCACGAGGACGAUUGCCCAUACAUAUUGCAUGUCGGGGAGACUGGCCAACUGUAACACAAUUACUACUAGAGUAUCACUCUGAAAUUAAUAUUCCUGAUGGUGACGGUUAUUUGCCUAUACACUUCGCCUUCGAGAGAAGAAACGUGGAAAUAGUUAGAACCCUGGUGGAAAAUGGUGCCGACUUGAACAUCCCCGACCCGAGAGACCAACUAUUACCCAUCCAUCACGCUUGUAAGAAUUGGUUCACCAGCAUGGUCGAUUUUUUGGUGAGCAAUGGGGCUGAAACAACCAUUCCAGACGCGAAAGGAAAACUACCUUUGUACUAUGCCUGUGAAAACGAUGGUUAUUGCCAAGAGAUAGCACAACUUUUAAUAGAAAAGGGUUGCGAUGUGGAAAUCCCAGACAAUGAUGGUGUGCUACCAUUGCAUUUGGCGUGCCAAAGAGAGAACACCCAUUUAGUUCAAUUGCUGCUAGAUAAUGGUGCAGAGGUGGAUGUUCCAGAUGGUGGUGGUAAGUCGCCUUUGCACUACGCUUGUCACAAAGAAGACCCAGCUGUAGUAAGUUUGCUGCUAGCCAAUGAUGCAAAAGUGGAUGUUUCAGACCAAAAUGGUUUGUUGCCCAUACACCACGCCUCUGAAAAAAGCACGAAGCAAGUAGUCGAGGUGUUGGUAGGUCAUGGUUCGACGAUUAACAAUCUGGAUGCACAAGGUCGACUACCGAUUCAUUACGCUUGUAGGAAUUGUCUUCAUGGUUAUGAUAUCGUCAAUUAUUUGGUGGAAAUGGGUACGACGAUGAAUCUAAGUGACACGGAAGGGGUGUUACCCAUUCAUUACGCUUGUGAUUAUUGGAAAAGAGGCGUAAUUCAGUUACUUGUGACCAAUGGUGCGGAAGUUAAUAUUCCAGAUGGAAGUGGCUUAUUACCUGUGCAUCACGCUUGUAGAAAACGUGAUCUAGAUAUGUUGAAAUUUCUGGUGACAAUGGGUGCUCAAAUGUGUGUUGGUGAUAGCAAUGGUAAGCUACCAAUUCAUUACGCGUGCGAGAAUUGGCACCAAGAUAUAGUACUGUAUUUGGUUCGGAAGAUGGAUAAAGUUGAUGUUCCUGAUGAUAAUGGUCGGCUGCCGAUUCAUCACGCUUGUCAGAAAGGUAACAUGGACGUAGUAAAAAUCUUGGUGGCGAACGGUGCGAAAGUCCAUGUUCCAGAUGCGGCAGGUCGACUGCCUCUCCAAUACGCGUUUGGUAAUAGUGGGAGUGGUUUAGAGGUUCUAAUAUUUCUGAUAGGUGAGGGUGUCAAAAUUGAUCUUGAUAUGUUUCAGAGAUAUAUUGUAAAGCGUCUUAUGUACGAUGUUAUAAAUUUGGAUUGUUAGUUGCGUCAAUUUUUGUGUGUCUAUUGUUUGAUACAUUCGUCGAAUUUAUGUAGCGCUAUUUUCAUUUUUUUAUAUUUUUGUAUUUAUUUGUACAUAUAUACUAGUUUAGGAAAAUGUAUUAUUUCGCCGUUAUGAUUCGUUGCUACUUUAUUAAAAUUGUAAGGAUUAUAAGUAUUGUGAUAACCCAAACAUCCCGCAUUUUUUUUGACAUGUGAAAAAAUUUGAAAGCCCGCGAAAAAUUCAAAAAUUCAAAAAUUUGGUCUUGGCUGUGAUCGUCUAACAAAAUGGAGCCCUUCAUUGCGUUUUUGAAAAAUGGCGUUCAGUUGCAAGUGGUGGACCCCAAGGCAAUCGCACUAUCUCAGUUUCAUUCUAGAGCACAGCAAAAUUACUCAUAGGUCGCGUUGUAGCACGAGCGAAGUUUGGGGCUCCUGGUCGUGGCUGUUCUCCAACCCACGACGAUGAUUACUGCCACACAGCACAUCUCCAUGACGAAUAUACCGUACGAGCAGGCCGUUACCGUCGUAAACUCGUGGUUGGGCCAAGUCGACAACGUCACGUCAUCUCGACCGCCCUUGAUUUCUAUACAAAGCCUGCAUCCUUUGUUCAGAUGGGGCGAUAAAUCCCGCCAGCUCGACUAGGAACCGCGCCCUCCGCUUCUGCCAAGUGUUUCUGUGUUACUUAACCUCAAUUCCAUUUCAAAAUGUUCCAUUUCUGUGACUCUGAUAUUAAACUACAACUGCACCAGUGUCAAGGUUUUAAAGAGCAAUGAACAACAUUUAAAUUCGCCAUAAACUCUCGUGAAAUAUUUAAACAGCAAAGAAUUCUCAUCUGACAAUAAGAUUGAACAUCAGACAAUUUAUAUGAUGGAACACAUAUUAAAACAAAAAGGAAAUCAUACCCAUACCCGCUCAGAUCUCAAUUCUCAAUUGUGAUGAAUUUUUCAUUCGUUGUCAGACGGACGGGCGGGGCUUAAUUGCAAAAUCCAUCUUUCCUUAAAUCCUUAAGGAUUUUGCAGUUAAGCUACGCCCACUUGGCUCAGGACCAAUAAAAAAAUCA